UCUCGGCGCCCGCCUGAGCCGAGCUGCGCCGCGGCCCCGGGGAGGCCCGAGAGGCGACUUGCACGGGCGGCUGCUGCCAUGAGUGUGUCUUUUCCACUGUCAGCUGUGAAAGGAGGUCGUUCUGUGUUCAGAGAUCCCGCCUGAGGCUCCACCUGUAGAGCUGCCUCCGGUUCUGGGGUCCCGGCACAGAAAGGACGUGGAGCUGCUGGAGCGAGUACAGAGGAGGCACCAAGAUGAGUAGAGGGAUGGAGCAGAGCUCUGCUGGGAGGAAAGGCUGGGAGAGCUGGGAUUGUUCAGCCUGGAGAAGGGAAGGUUUCAGGGCCACCUACUUGCAGCCUUCCAGUACCUGAACAGAGAUGACAGGGAAGGUGGAGAGAGACUCUUUGUGGUGGCCUGCAGUGACAGAAGGAGGGGGAUUGGUUUCAAACUGAAAGAGAGUGGGUUUAGGUUGGAUAUGAGGAAGAAAUUAUUUUCUUUGAGGGUGGUGAGGUCCUGGAACAGGUUUUCCAGAGAAGCUGAGUCUAUCCCAUCCCAGGAAGUGUCCAGGGCCACGUUGGAUGAAGCUCUGAGCAACUGCUCCAGGGGAAGGUGUCUUCCCACAUCUGGGGGUUUGGAAGAAAUUGACUCUUAAGGUCCCUUCCAACCCAAACCAUUCUGUGAUUCUAUGACUCAAAACUCUUUGCUCCUAAAGCUGACUCUUUACAGGCACACGUUAUGUCUGUUGACACUUCUCAACUGCUGUUGGGAUUCUUGGGAACUGCUUUCAGCUGCAGUGCUUCUGUCCUUAGGCAACAGAUGUAGAAGGAAAAAAUACAGAUUUUUGCUACAAAAUGGCCUUUUUCACUCAGCGGUUCUGCUUUGCAGAAUAAAGGGAAGAACAUUCUGUGGUAAAGUGUGGUUUCUUACGUGAAAUCACGUGGAGGUGACAGAGACUGGUUCUGCUUGGUGUCAGUAGAGGGGGUGUUAAAUUUGAGGAAGGAAGUGAAGAUUUCCGUCCUCCAUUACCUUAUGUCUUGCAGAGAUGAGAGGUUAGAUAAUUUUUCCCUAUUUAAUUUGGUAAUAAGUAGGGAAGGGAACAAAAGAGUAGAGGGAAUUAUACACUGAGUAGAAGUUUCUUCAGACUGGCUGCUGGAACUUCCAAGAGCCAUUGCUGCUGUAAGGGAAUUCCAGUGGAGAAGGUCGGUAUAAGCAAAAAACUCUGUAGAAGCCUGAUCUCUUUCCUGAGAGGAUAUUAAUCUAAUGCAUUUCCUGCCUGGAUGUGUACUUUCAGUAUGUCCUAUGUUAAAGUUUUAGUGUAAAAACACCACUUUGGCUUCUAGAAGAGUGGUACAAAUGGGAAACCAUUGUAACAACUGUUCUUGUCAAAUUUAGUUUCUGACUGCACCUAAAUCCACGUAAAAUCAGUCACUCUGCUUUAUCCCAGCCACCAAGGGUUUUCUUUUUGCUUGAAUGACACACAGUUGUCCUCUGCACUGUGGCAGCAUGUUACAAUAGUGCUGGAAAGCUUCCAAAGCUGCAACUGGUAAUUAAAGUCACACCCUGUCAUGAAAAUAUUCACCCUCCAGACCUGCUUAAAAUUCAGGCUACAAAAAUGGUAUCCAGUGUGAUCACCUCUGCAUUUGCAAUUUUGUUAAAAAUAAUUUUUUGUUCUUUUCUGGUUGGCCUUUAGGAGGCUCUCUUGAAAAGGAAGCAGUAUGGUUUUGGGUUUUGUUUUGUUUUUUGAUUGAGGAAUGAUGUGGGAAAAGUUCAAGAAUGCAUAUUUAAUUUCUGGUCUGAUGCUGGUGUUUUGGUAUCCUCAAAAGAUGCUAUGAUCCUGACAAGAUUCAUGUGGUACAGAUAAAUAAGUCGUUUUAGUUAGCUGUGAAACACAUGGUGGUGCUCAAUCCUAAUGUUACUAAAUGCAGAGUGGCAAAGUAAUUUGACUAAAACCAUGUAAUUACAAUUCAAAGCCCAAACAGCACAAUCUUUAUACUGAUGAAAGUGUUUCAUGGUGGGACUCUCUGGGUUUGCACUGUGGUAAAUCAGCAGGGCAAGGAGGAAGGAAGAGCAGUGGAGAAAUUUGAAAGCAAAUGCACGUUUCCUUUCACCUUGAUGUGCACUGCUACAUCCUGGGAUGCUCCAGGGUGAAAUAAAAGAAGUGGCUGCAUGUCAGAUUGAUGCCUGCUGGCUCCCUUCCCAUGCCUCAUGUUCACAUCAUGCAUUUCUGAUCCUUUUGUACAGUAUGCUCUUGUGCAUAAGUACUGAAGCCCAGGAGCUCAUCUCCUAAAUUGCUGUUCAUGCUGCAUAUAAGAGAGCAAAAUUCCCACUAGCAGCUCUGGGAGAUGCUGGGUAAAAGUCCUUUGAAAUCAUCAUUUAAAGCUGAAAACUCUGUAGGAACCUCAAAAGGUUGCUUUGAGAAUUAAGAGAUUAGAUCACAUCUCUGUGAUAGAAGGAGUUGGAAAGCAAAAGGAGAUGAAAUUGCAGGGCUGAGAAGUGCUAAAUAUUUGUUUAUUCAGUAACUUUAAUGGGGGAGAGUCAGUGCAGAUGUUAAUGUGCUGCAGACUAUAAAGGGGCCAACAGCACAGAUUUCAGUGUCUUAAAAGUUUGUUGGUUUUUUUUUUUUUCCAAAAUUUCUUUCUAGUUCAGAAAACUCACUUGAAUAUGCACCAGCCUUUCUACCCCACUUCUAAACUGAACCCACGUUUGGAAAAAAUCUAGAGCAGAGCCCAUAUUCUCCACUAAGAAUAGAAUAGUCCUUAAAAUACAUUUUGGUACCAGUGUAUUUUGCUCUUAGUCUCUUUUAUGCUUUCCGCUAAUGCCUCUUUUUUCAAUUUCCUAUGAUACUUCAUUGCUUUUUCCCAGUCCUCUUUCUCUGAUUUAUAAUUUGUUCUAAGCAGGAGGUGGAGGCAGCAAUGUCUGACAAUGUCAAACUCUGCGAGUCCAAGUGUGUGCAGCCCUGCUCAUCACCAGUGACUGCAGCAGAGCAGCCAGCGGGGUGUGCUGGACACUGCCAUCCCUGUGCCCCAGAAAUGCAGCAUUUGAGUGCUCCCUGUGAUUCUGAGUCACUGUGACUCCGGGCACAACUCCGAGAGCCGCAUUCCCAGAGUUCAGUAAUGCUUCAGGAGCUGCCAGCUUGGUUGGAGACUCGGAAAUGUCUUCAGCUUGAAGUGAAGCACAUUUUCAGGUUAUGACUAGUAUAGUCUCUGUCUCUUUAUCAGUAAAGGGGAGGUUAGAAUAUGAUUUAUGUAGUUCCUUACAUGAGUUUUUUCAGGAUUAUUUAGUGAGUGUUGGCAUUGCGAGAUGCUAUAUAUACUAGAGGCUUGUUCCCGUGUACCGUAUGAUUUUCCACCUCCUGAAUGUAACUGUUAUUCUUCUGCCACUAUUCAGCCCAAUGAUUUUUAUUUUAUUUACUUUGAUUCUUUGUAUUCUAGAUUAUGCCUCACUGGCAAGGGAUCUUGGGCAAGAACUGUGAUGCUUUUGUUCACCAAACAAAACGUGAUUCAUCCCUUUCCUUACGUCACCACACAGCUCUCCAGCUUCCCAACACAGAGAUUACUCUGGCUUUCCUUUAGUCUGCUGCCAAUUCACAGAAAGGGAAGAGAAUGGCUGCAAAGGAGAAGUUGGAGGCAGUAUUAAAUGUGGCCCUAAGGGUCCCCAGCAUCAUGCUGUUGGAUGUCUUGUACAGAUGGGAUGUCAGCUCAUUCUUCCAGCAGAUCCAGAGAAGUAGCCUGAACAACAACCCUCUCUUCCAGUACAAGUACUUGGCCCUUAAUAUGCAUUAUGUGGGUUACAUCUUAAGUGUUGUGCUCCUAACUUUACCAAGGCAACACCUGGUUCAGCUUUACCUGUAUUUUUUGACUGCACUGCUGCUUUAUGCUGGGCACCAAAUUUCCAGGGAUUAUGUGAGGAGUGAAUUGGAAUCGGGCUAUGAAGGACCGAUGUACUUGGAGCCUCUUUCUAUGAACCGUUUCAUGACUGCUUUAGUAGGGCAGCUGGUGGUGUGCACGCUCUGCUCCUGCGUCAUGAAGACCAAGCAGAUCUGGCUCUUCUCCGCACACAUGCUCCCUCUGCUGGCUCGCCUCUGCCUCGUCCCGCUCGAGACCAUCGUCAUCAUCAAUAAAUUCGCCAUGAUUUUCACCGGGUUGGAAGUUCUCUACUUCCUGGCAUCAAAUCUUCUGGUGCCCUAUAACUUGGCGAAGUCUGCGUACCGAGAGCUUGUCCAGGUGGUGGAAGUGUAUGGGCUCCUGGCACUGGGAAUGUCUCUGUGGAACCAGCUGGUGGUCCCAGUGCUUUUCAUGGUGUUUUGGCUCGUCUUAUUUGCCCUUCAGAUCUAUUCCUAUUUCAGUACACGGGACCAGCCUGCCUCCAGAGAGAGGCUGCUCUUCCUUUUCUUGACCAGUAUUGCCGAAUGCUGUAGCACUCCAUACUCACUGCUGGGAUUGGUCUUCACAGUCUCUUUUGUGGCUUUGGGAGUUCUGACUCUCUGCAAGUUUUACUUGCAGGGUUACAGAGCAUUCAUGAACGAUCCUGCUAUGAACAGGAGCCUUUGGAAGCACUUCCGAGCAGUCAGCCUCUGUCUGUUCUUACUUGUGUUCCCCGCGUACAUGGCCUACAUGAUUUGUCAGUUUUUCCACAUGGAUUUCUGGCUGUUGAUCAUUAUCUCCAGCAGUAUUCUAACCUCUCUUCAGGUGCUUGGGACACUCUUCAUUUAUGUUCUGUUCAUGGUGGAGGAGUUCAGGAAGGAGCCAGUGGAGAACAUGGACGAUGUGAUCUACUACGUGAACGGCACGUACCGGCUGCUGGAGUUCCUGGUGGCUCUGUGCGUGGUGGCCUAUGGUGUCUCAGAAACCAUCUUUGGAGAGUGGACUGUCAUGGGCUCCGUCAUCAUCUUCAUCCACUCCUACUACAAUGUGUGGCUGCGGGCCCAGCUGGGUUGGAAGAGUUUCCUCCUUCGCAGAGAUGCUGUGAACAAGAUUAAAUCUCUGCCCGUGGCCACCAAGGAGCAGCUGGAGCAGCACAAUGACAUCUGUGCCAUUUGCUACCAGGAUAUGAAAACUGCUGUAAUCACACCAUGUAGCCAUUUUUUUCAUGCGGGUUGUCUUAAGAAAUGGCUGUACGUUCAAGAAACCUGCCCUCUGUGCCACUGCCAACUGAAGAGCCCUUCACAGCUCCCAGGACUGGGACCAGAGCCAGUGCAGCAGCCAAACCCUACUGCAGAGCAAAACACCAGGCCUGGAGAGGCAGCUGAGCCUGGUGCUGAAUGUGACCACAGGCCAAGUGUGCAGGACAGCCCGAGCAGGGGCCACGCUGGACACGACAGCCCCGAGGCCUCUGCCCAGCCAGGGGUGUCCCACAGCAUGGACAGUGACAUGAGCCCCUGUGAGGCCAGCCAGGGAGCAGCCUGUGCUGCAGAACUCACUGCAGAGGGGUGCCCUGCUCGAGAUCUGAGGGUUUGUGUCCAGCUCUGAGGCUACAGAGGAUGACGCAGGAGCAAACACAUUUCAGAGAUCCACGUUUGACUCAGAAGAAAACCAAUCCUUCCACAGCUGUGAAAGAAGUGUAGCUAUUAAUGCUGGUCAAAAUGUAAUCUCCCAUGCUGAUUUUUAUGGGCUGCUUGGUAGUGGUAAACUCCAGUGAGAUGUAGUAGAAAUGACUCCAGAAGCUCUCGGAACUGUGGGCAUAGGAAGGAUGUCUGGGAAUAAAUAGCAGUGCAGAGUGUUUUCAAGAUGUAGGUGAGGGGCGAGAGGAGCGAGAGGUCUGUGAGAUGUUGUGGCCAGAGGGACAGGAGGCUGGCUUGGUUUUGGUCAGGGAGGGGAGUUGCACAGAGCCAUGUCCCAGGUCCUGAGGGGCGUUAGGGGCCGUGAGCUGCCGGUCUCUGGCAGGUGGGCAGCUUUGGUUGCUGACAUUUUUUAUGGGCCGUAAGCAAAAAUCAAAGAUGUAACAGCAGUGAUUGUACCAGGAGGUGGAAGCACUCUUUAAUACGUUGUGUGUAUGCUUUGGGUGUUCUUGGGGCAGUUGCAUUUGAAUUCAUGUAAUCUAUAGUGACUCUUGACUUUUAUGACAGAGUCGUCAAUAUUUUGAUGUAUAUUAAACUUUUGCUCAUAAUGGGCACAGUGUGGGCUGCAUGAAGUAAACUAAAGCUCUCAUGAACACUUGGCCUCUGUGGGAGGAAAGUGGGAUGAGUUUUAGGGCACAGAUAGAAGCCUUGCAAGACUGUGCUGUGUAAUGUUUAACCCUUGCAGCUGAAUUAAAACAGUAUUAAACUCUGGCGAUAUUUGCACUUUGGGAAUGAGUACAUUACUGUGUAUGAUCAGACUCCGCAAAUGCCACUUUUAAAAAGCUGUUAAUAGGUUUGCACCUUUUUUUCUUUGACAAGGACAUGUCCAUACUUAAAUUUUUACAUUCAUCAUGGCUUCAAGUAGAACAAGGGACUGGGGUGGGGAAAUAGAUGGGAGUAGGGGGCAGGCAAUUUUUUUAUGUGAAUUUUGAUAUGAAGAGAAAUUAGUCACUUAUUUAUACGAUAGGCUUGACUCAAGUGUUUUUCAAAGUCGGUAUUCCUAAUGUGAAAUGUGAUACUAUUUUAUUUUUAGUAGUAAAUUUGGAUGUAGACUGACAGACAUAGCUGAAUGUCUUAAUAAAUUACAUUUGAAGAUUUUUA